UGUUAGUUUUCAGCUGUUACUGUCGUACAUUAUAAUUUUUAACUAACAUCUUAGUUUUAACAAAUUACACUAAACCUAACAUUAAUAAUGGAAACAGGUGUAGCAGAAUCGUUUAGAAAUGGGAUAGUUUUAAUUACAGGAAGCACUGGAUUUUUGGGGAAAAUACUCACCGAAAAGUUACUCAGAUCUUGUCCUGUCAAAAACAUUGUGGUGCUUGUCAGAAGUAAGAAAGAACUGACUGCAAGUCAAAGGGUUGAAAAAAUAUACAAACAAACUCUAUUUGAUAGAAUUCGUCAAGAAAAACCAGAUUUUACAAGUUUCAUUAAAAUUAUUGAAGGUAAUUUAGAGGAAUCAUCAAUGGGAUUAUCGUUAAAUGACCAUGACUGGUUGAUAGAAAAUGUUAACUUCGUGUUUCAUUGCGCUGCAACGGUAAAAUUCAACGAGCCUCUGGAGUUAGCAUCAAAAAUAAAUAUUCAAGGGACCGAUAAUUUGUUAAAAUUAUCGUCAAACAUGAAAAAUCUGAAGGGUUUUGUGCACGUAUCGACCGCUUAUUCACACUGUCCGAGGAAAGAAAUCAAAGAAGAAUUCUAUGAGGUCCCGGUCACAGUUACUGAGCUGAAAAAUAUGUUGGUUGACAAAGUACCAACUUCUAAAAUUAUAGAAGAUUGGCCUAACACGUACACUUUUACAAAAGCAGUCACGGAAAASAUGAUACUGACAAAUGAGAAUAGAUUGCCGAUAUCAAUAUUUCGUCCUUCGAUCAUCGGAUGUACGAAAUCCGAACCAGAACCUGGAUGGUUAGAAAACAUGAACGGACCAACAGGUAUGAUUACUGGAACCAUGGUUGGAUUUUUAAGGACAGCACCAAACAUCGGGAGCAAUAUAACAGAUAUUAUCCCUGCCGAUUACACCGUCAACGCAUUGAUAAGCGUCAUGUGGGACACAGUCAAUCGAUACAAACAGUCGAAUGGAGUGCACAAGGUGCCGAAAAUAUAUAAUUACGUUUCUUGUGUCGAAAGCCCUUUGACAUGGAGUAGAUAUAUCAGAGAAAUGCACGAUCAAUAUUAUGUGGCUCCUCCUUUGCAAACGAUGUGGUACGGUUUUUACAUCUUGUAUACGAAUUUAAUCGUCGGAAAUAUUUUGAGAUUUUUCUUGCACCGAAUACCUGGUGCAAUUAUUGAUUUUAUGUUGAUAAUAAGCGGUAAAUCUCCCAAAAUGUUAAGAACGUAUACAAAAACAGAAAAUAUGAUCGAUUUACUUUAUGAGUUCUCUAUGAGACAAUGGAAAUUCGACAAUAAAAAUACAAGGCGAUUGUGGUUGUCACUAAGUAAAGAUGAUCGCAAUACAUUCCAUUUCAGCUUAAAAUCAUUUGAUUGGAAGUCGUAUAUAGAAAGCUAUUACUACGGUAUCAGAAAACACAUACUUCACGAAGACCUAAGCAACGUUGAAAAGGCGUUAUCGAAAAAUAAAAAGUUAUUGAGGUUGCAUCAGUUGUGUGUUUUUAUAGUUAUCUAUUUAAUACUCCAUUUGUGUUGGAUGUUUAUAAAGUAUUUGUUUUGAAUGACUCGUAAUUAUAACAACUUUAUUUAUUAUUGUACUUAAAACGUAUUCUUAUUGUAGCUAAAUAAAUUAUGCUAUUUAAUUAUUUUAUAUAAAAUCUAAAGAGUAUUUAUAGUGAGUUUUGUAUUAUGACAAAUAUAAAAAAACAUGUACAUAAAAA